GUGUUUAUAUUGAAGAAGUCCUAAACAAAUGGAAAGGAGACUAUGAAAAGUUGGAGCACAACCACACGUACAUACAGUGGCUUUUUCCUCUAAGAGAACAAGGACUAAAUUUCUAUGCAAAGGAAUUAACAACGUAUGAAAUAGAGGAAUUCAAAAAAACAAAAGAAGCAAUUAGAAGAUUUCUGUUGGCUUACAAAAUGAUGUUAGAGUUUUUUGGAAUAAAAUUAAUUGAUAAAACUGGGAACGUAACACGAGCUUCUAACUGGCAAGACAGAUUCCAGCACUUGAACGA